AAAUACAGGUAUCAUCACCAUGAACAUGGAUCAAGCAAAUGAAGCAAAACCCUUCACUUCCUCCUCUUCCUCUUGUGUCUCUCAAUCACGUCUCCUUCUUGUGUUCCUCUCUCCACGACUCCAUAAAGUUCUAUCAGGAGGUGCUCGGAUUCGAGCUCGUCAAACGGCCUUCCUCCUUGGGUUUCGAGGGUGCAUGGCUCUACAAGUACGGGGUUGGCGUGCAUUUGCUGCUACGAGAUUCGCCGGCGACGACAGAGCCUAAGUCGCGAAAGAUUGAUCCGAAAGACAAUCACAUUUCGUUCCAAGUGAGCGACACGAGAAUCACGAGAAGAAUAUUGGAAGAGAAGAAAAUAGAAUAUGUGAGUGGAGUAGUGAGGGAAGGUGAGUUGGAGGUGGAGCAACUCUUCUUCCACGAUCCUGAUCACAACAUGAUCGAGAUAUGUGACUGUCAAAAUAUCCCCGUGAUUCCUCUUUGAUCUAUUGAUCGAUGCAUGAUGUGAUGAUGAAGACGAUGAUAAAAUAUGUAGAAAUAGUAAUUGUAGCAUUCAUUGUGUAACAUUUGUCAUUUUGUGUGUUUGUUUUGAAAUGAUAAUUCUUUAUUAUGAUA